AUGACUCCAAUGGAAAGAAGGCUUCUUAAUGCCUCCAGCGGCGGAUCUUUACCUGACAAGACUCCUACUGAAAUCCGCAAUCAAACCAAGAACAUGGAUAAAGAUUCCAAACAUUCAAGUCAUGAUGAAGAAUGGUACACGGAUGCACCCCGAGGUGUAAAGGAAGUUCAAACUCCUCAGAUUGAAGCUCAAUUGUCUGAACUCACAAAAUUAGUAAUGAUGUUGGCCAAAGGCAAAGGUGUGAAGCCCACACCCUGCCCAUGCGGUAUUUGCACUCAAGUGGGGCAUCCAACCGACAUGUGCCCUCAACUUCAAGAGGAAGAUUAUGAAGAAGCAAAAGCCAUGGGAGGUUUUUUUGGGUCUAAUCAAAGGGGAUAUGAGCAGCCACUGGGUGAUCAAAGAUGGAGUAACAAUCAAGGUUGGGGAGGAAAUCAACAAGGAAAUUAUCAACCAAGUCAAUCACAUCAAUACCAACAAAGACCACCUUUUCCACCACAAAACUUUCAACCAAGGCAACCACAACACCCUCCUCAACAAUCAGGUUCAUCAAGUAUGUCCUUAGAGGACAUAGUGAAGAGUUUGGCAACUAGUACACAAGCUUUCCAACAAGAGACAAAAGCAAGCAUAAAGAACUUAGAGAAACAAGUUUCACAGCUUGCUACUUCCGUAAGCAAAUUAGAAUCUCAAGGAAAGUUACAUGCACAAACUGAAACAAACCCAAGGCACAAUGUGUGUGCCAUCACAUUGAGAGGAGGAAAGAGCUAUGAUGAUCCAAAAGUGUCGGUUGAUCAAAAGGAAGAAGAAAUAGUGGUCGAAGAGGCAACCAAAGAAAUGAAGGAGGAAGAGAAAACAAUAAAAAAGAAGCCCUUCAUCACCGAGUCUAAAGCCACACCUGCUCCAUUUCCCGAAAGAUCAAAGAGCACAAAGAAAGAACGGGAGGAGAGUAAGAUCAUGCAAAUGUUCAAGAGAGUUCAAAUCAACAUUCCACUCCUCGAGGCCAUCAAGCAGGUACCUAGAUAUGCAAGGUUCCUUAAGGAUCUUUGUGUAUCUAAAAAGAAAUUAAAAGGAAAUCAAGUUGUAACAGUUGGGGAACAUGUAUCCGCGGUUUUGCAAAAGAGGAUGCCCCCGAAGUGCAACGAUCCUGGAACAUUGAGCAAAACCGGUGUGAUCAUCCAACUUGCCGACCGGUCUUUGGUACAUCCAAAAGGUGUAUUGGAGGACGUGUUACUGCAAGUUGAUGAACUCAUUUUCCCGGCCGAUUUUUAUGUCUUAGAUAUGGGAGAUGAUGACUCUCCAAGUUCAAGUUCCAUACUUUUGGGUAGACCUUUUCUUAAAACUUCUAAAACAAAAAUUGAUGUCUACAACGGAACUUUAAGUAUGGAAUUUGAUGGUGAAGUUAUCAACUUCAAUGUUCAUGAAGAAAAAAAGGUUCCUUCUGAUGUUCAAUCUGUUAAUUUUGUGAAUAUGAUCCAACCAUUGGCUGAAAAGAGCUUAAACUCGACUAACAAUGAUUUUAUGGAGUUAGUCUUGUCACAAAAAUUAGACAGGUACAAAGCCAAAGAACUUGCAAAGGAGUGCGGUAUAAACGAGGAGGUGCUAGAGAUUUUGAAAUUCAAGGAUGAUAAGCACAUGUGGAUUGAUGGAAGAGAAGUAAAGCCACCUACCACCAAAGCCAAAUUCCUUCCACCGGUGGAACAAGCACAAGAUUCGAGAGCAAAAACUCCACCGGACCCUAUAAAGCUAAUACAUGUCGAGAAGGAGAGCACUCAACCGGUCAUCAACUCAAAUAAACUAUCGAAGAAGGAAGAGAGUGAGUUGAUAACCCUGCUAAAUAAAUACCAAAAAAGGACUACGUGGACAAUCUCCGAUAUUAAGGGUUUAAGUCCUUUUUGGUUUGUUCGCAAAAAGAAAUCCAAAGGAAGGUUGAAGGUUCAGUUGAAGGAGGUGGCAAGAAGAUUGAUGUGUUGGAGAGGCCCACAUAUUUAG